AUGCCUCGCGUUCUUCUCACAGGUGGUAGCGGUUUUAUCGCUACACAUAUUAUUGAGAUACUUCUCGCCCGUGGUCAUUCUGUUGUCACAACCGUCCGGUCCCAGCAAAAAGCUCAAGGAAUCCUCCAAUCUCACCCCGAGUUACAGAAAGACAGGUUAGAUUCCUUUGACAAGGCUGUUGUCUCCGAGCCUCCAUUCGAUGCUGUCAUCCAUACCGCAAGCCCGUAUCACUUCCAUGCUAAGGAUGCAAAAGAGCUUCUCGAUCCAGCGAUUAUUGGAACCACGGGUAUUCUCUCUUCGGUGCAGAAAUAUGCGCCGUCUGUUAAACGUGUUGUGGUGACUUCUUCAUUCGCUGCUAUCAACAAUAUUUACACCGCCGGUAAGGAGAAGGUGUAUUCCGAGGCCGACUGGUGUCCCAUCACAAUAGAACAAGCCAACCAGAAUCCCGGAAACGCCUACAGAGCAAGCAAGACUUUUGCUGAGCGAGCUGCAUGGGACUUUAUGGAAAAAGAAAAGUCAUCCUUCGAUUUGACAGUGAUAAACCCACCUCUCGUUCUAGGUCCCAUUGCCCACCAACUCGCCUCUCUCAGCACCAUAAAUACCUCCAACGAGCGUAUUCGAGAUUUUAUAAACGGCGCGUCAAAGGACCACUGCCCACCGACUGGAAACCACGGUUACGUCGACGUGCGUGAUCUGGGUCUCGCUCAUGUUCUAGCGAUCGAGAAACCUGAAGCUGGUGGAAAGCGAUUCUUUACCGUGUCGAGUCACUUUUCAAACAAAGAGAUUGCGGAGAUUAUCGGUCAGGAAUUCCCCGAAUUCCGGGAUCGAUUGCCUGCGGGCGAGGCUCUCGUUUCAGGGGAUUAUCCCGCGGAUGGAGUGUAUGGAUUUGAUAACUCACGAAGUCGAGAGGUUUUGGGGUUGAAGUUUAGAACUCUCACGGAGAGUGUGGUGGAUUCUGUCCAUAGUUUGUUGGCUGUUCAGGAGAUUGCUAAGUGA